AUGGCGGCAGUCGAAGUCACCUAUUCCCUUCCCAAGGAUGUCAACGAGAAGAAGCUCGAAGUCCGGACCGGCUCGGACAUCCGUCUCCGUAAAAAGAGCCGCGGAGCAGAUGUAACAUGGAACGGCACCGACCCAUUUCUCAAGCAGCCGUACUACUACACCGGCGCACCGUGGACCCUUCUCGCAAGCGACUUGCUCCUAUUCCUCAAGAACAUUGCUUUCCUACCAUGCAUUGUCCUGCCACUCUGGUCACAGCCUCCGGCACGCUCCUUCAAUCUCGGAGUCGACAACCGAUUCAAAGAGCAGCCUCGAUUUCUCGUGAGCCAGCUCCAUCGUCGAUUCGAAGCAUGGGCUCAGCGCUACUUCCAUUCUGGGCCCAUGGACGAGCUGUAUCCCUCUUGGAGCAAUAUUCGUGACAUCAUUUUCCACUCCAUCCUCAUCGUCACUCAAUCAGCCUUCCUGAUGUCCCUGCCUUUCCUCUCGUUCUUCUCUUUCAACGUCUUCGUUGCGUAUGUAGGCCUUUUCGUUGGUAUUAACUAUUUGGCGUGCAUCGGGCUUAAUGGCUGGAUGCCUGAAGGAUUCAUCUGGUCGGCCGAUACUCCCUCGGCACGAGAGUGGGAGCUAAACCACCCCGAAGAAGAGUGGAUCUUUCUCAAUGGUGUUGCUGUCGGUGCUGGCAUCAUCUUUGAUGUGAUUCAAUGCCUCCUGGAGCGCUGCCUCUACUUUGGUACCACCGACACCAGAGUCUGCUUCUCGCACAUUUCCACCGCCCUGCUCAACCAAGACAAGAAGAAAGUCAUCCUAAUUCUUCACUCUCAAGGCGGACUUGAAGGAAGCAUCAUCCUAGACUGGCUCAUCAAUCAACACCCCCGCGAGGUCCUACAGAAGCUCGAGAUCUACACCUUCGGUAACGCUGCAAACCACUUCAACAAUCCUCGCACAAAGAGGGAACACGGUAUUCCCAGGCCCAAGGGACGUGCCAUUCGCCACAUCGAGCACUACGCCAACUCAAAAGACUUUGUUUCUCGAUGGGGCGUCCUCCACUUCAAGAAACAGACUGCCAAGAGAGAUGGACGCUUCCUCGGUCUCGGUGAAAUCGCCGGUCUCAUCUCCGUCAACAAGAAGACGGAAGUCAUCAAGGCCGUGGGUAAGACAGAGCCGAAGCAGGCGAACCACCUCAGUCCGGACUGGAAUGAGUUUGAGGGGGCACUUAUUGAGCGAACUGGUUCCGGUCAUCAGUUUAACCAGCACUAUCUUGACAAUAUCUUUCCUCUUGACGAUAACUUGAGCAAGGUUCAGACGAAUGGGGAUGGUUCUCCGCUCCCGGGCACCUUCAUGGCGUCCCGCACAAAGGUUCGCAAUGAUCCUUGGAAGAUUGAUGAGCAGCGCAAUCUCACAAAUGGUGUUGACGGUACUGCUCACCAUCAGCUCAAUGGCGUGAUUGAAGGACUCAAGGUGUAUGAGGUCAGCCGACUUUGGAAGUUUGUCAACGGCCGACGACCGGAUGACUACUCUUGA